UAUCUUAAUUAUUUUAUUCUCUAGCUGAAACUAUGAAUAGUUUCAGCUUUGCAAUUUAUCGUAAAUUUUAGUCAUGGAUCAUGAUUAGUUUCUUAUUAAAAUUUUACAGUGACAAAAGUCAAAUUAUAAAUAAAUAUUUAUUUUCAACUAUUUCUAUUAAAAAUGCAGAUUCUUUCCGAUGUCUUACGCAUUUCAUUCAAAAUCCUUACUUUGAUAUUAUAUUUUUUGUUAAAGCUGAGCUUAAAAAUUACUUUUAUUUUAUGGUCUGGAAUCAGACGGAUAGCCGGGUAUAUAUUUAUGCUUCUAUACAAAGUUUUUUCUACGUUUCGAAGACUUUUAAUUUAUUGCUUUCGUUGUCUUCGAUUAUAUUUGCAUAACAAAUUUUCAAACUCUUUGCAAAUGUGAUAUCUUGUUUGUUCUCCUUGAGAUUCAAAUUAUGAAGUUCAGCUCAUCUUUAACAUUUCCUUAUUCUAAAAUGUAGCAAGGUGUUGCGUUUAUCGGCGCAUUUUCUUUUAAUUCAAGCUCAUCUUAUCGUGUUACAAAUUUUGGGAUUAGGUUAAUUAUUUAAAUUGCUUUCUAGUUAUACACUUUGGUCGUGAAACUUAGAAAAAAUGACUUCUGUUAUUUAUAUUCCUUUAUCUUCUGCUAAUCCGACAACAUACCGACUGUUAUUGCAAAUUUCUAUUUCCUUUUCAGUUCUAGCAUUAGUAUGUUUUUUUCUUCUAUCCAGUCAGAAUGUGACCCAUAAUUAUCAGAUGAGACCAAGUUUACUCCAUCGAUUUAUGAACUCAUCUUUAUUUUCAGAGAACAAAACUUCACAUCUGAAUCACAAUUCAACGAAGGUCAUUUCAGAUUAUGAAGUCAAUGCUUACCCCUUUCUCUCCAAUACUUCGUUUAAACAGUUUUUAAAUUCAACUGGGCGGCAAAACUCCACAUUUGUGCAGAUAGAAAAGAAUAAGAAAAUUGAACAAAAGGUUUUUUCUCAAGCUUUGAGUUUGCUGAAAGACCCCGCUGAAAAUCCAGUUGUGAAAAAAGCUCGACACUCUAAAUGCAUAGUGGUAGGCUCAGGCUCGUGUUUACGCUCCAAACGCCAGGGUUCUUUUAUUGAUUCUUUCCCUGUCGUGAUACGAUUAAACAAGGCGCCCAUCAAAGGGUACGAGAAGGAUGUCGGUUCCAAAACAGACUUGAGGGUGCUGUAUCCUGAAUCAGCACCUACAACCUUGGAAUUCUACCAAGGCAAAAAUGAUGCCUAUGAGGAUCCCAGAGAAGGCGCAGUUGCAGUUGCCUUAUUUAAAGAAGACGACAUCAAUUGGGUGUCUCAGUUAAUUCAACCGAGUUUACGAAAGCCGAUGAAAUUUUGGCAGAAAAGUCCUCUAGAAAUACCAGUUAAAGCAGACAAAAUCAUGAUAAUCAACCCUGAAAUCUCGGAACAACUGUUCAAUAGGUCCAAUCAAAACCAAAACACCACUAAUUCAAGAAGCACCACUGGUUUUGUAGCUGUUCAAGUGGCUUUAAACAUGUGCAGGAGCGUUACAAUAGCUGGAUUUUGUUACGGUCUCAAUUCUAUGCCCAAUUCGUCAUUUAUGUAUUAUUAUGGAAACGAGAAAAUGCCCAAGAGGUAUCCAGGAGUGCAUAGUAAGUCAAAUGAACCCGAACUGAGACGAAAACUAUUUUCUUCAGGCCGUUUGACAGUAUUGUGAAAAACUCUAUAGCAAAAACUAGUCGCUAACAAAAAAAAUUAAAUCAAUUUUGCUUUUAUUAUCAAUUUCCUAGAAACCAAGUUAGAGAUCUGUUGUAUUAAAUUAUCUUAAUUUACAAAACAAAAUAAUGUAUUUGCUGAAAAA